UAAAGGAAUCAUUUACUUUUAUAAAAUAAAGAUAAAUUUUUUUUUCAUUUAUUUAUAUUUAUUUUUUAAGUAUAAAUGAUUCAUUUACAUUUAUUUUCCAAAGUAACACUAAAUUAACACCCCUACUCUACAAUCAACUGCUAAACGUUCUUUGUUUAGCUUGGUGUCGCUCCAUUAGCUGAUAACCAUCCCAAUGAUAAGUAUUACUAUCAGAUUAUCGUAUUUACUGGUCAUCGAAGAAACGCGAGAACGAAAUCAAAAGUGUAUUUGAUUGUUUCCGGUGACAAUGAUCACACCGAUAUUCGUCCAUUAGACGAUUCGAAACGUAAAAUAUUUCAACGUGGUAGCAUUGAUGCUUUCGUUAUGUCUGUCCCGAAACCACUUGGGGUACUAAACUACAUUCGUAUUUGGCAUGAUAACUCUGUUGAUGGUUGGUUUCUCAAAUAUAUUAUUGUAAGAGAUUUACAGACGAACGACAACUUUCAUUUUAUUUGCCAACAAUGGUUAGCGAUCGAGAAAAAUGACGGAUCGGUUGACAAAUUACUGUGGAUUGCUUCUGAAGAAGAAAAACAACAAUUUUCGCAUGUUUUACAGAAGAAAGCCACACAAACAAUGAAUGAUGAUCAUCUGUGGUUUUCCAUCUUUCUGCGUUCUACCUCUAUACUCUACUAUGAUCAGAAGAAUGAAGCUGCCGACACUAAUGGAUGGACAUUGGGUCCAUUUCGUUUCUCAAAAGAACAGAUCGGAGUUAGUUUAGUAGUCGAUCUGUUAGCGGUAGCACCUGGAAUUUUAUUACUUGAAUUAUUUCGUCGAAUCAAACCACGUCCAACAGAAAAAGUUGAUAUAACGGACAGCUCAAGUCGGAAGAAUGGCAGUUUGAAUGGUAUUGGUACAGAGUAAGUACAACGAAUGAAAACUACUAAGUACAACAAAGCGAAGAUGUAGACAAUGCAUUGUCCUACCCUUUUCCUGCUCACAGAAUUGUUGAAGACAAGAAGAGGAAGAAAAUGGAAGACAAAACGGAACGAACAUUUCCAUGGUGGUGCAUCUACAUUGCAUACACUAUCUCAUUUGUAAUCAUUCUAACAUCAGCAUUCUUUAUUAUUAUUCGGGGAAUUCAAUUUGAAAAUGUUAAAACACAAAAAUGGUUAACAACAUUGUUUACGGGAUUUUUUCAACAAUUAUUUUUAAUACAACCUAUAAAAGUAACAUUAUAUUGUGCUCUUCUGAUCGAAUACAAUUUUGAUCUUUAUAAUUUUUAUGUUCACUUGAGGUUGUUCUGUUGGGAUUUCUGUUCACACUGGUUAGUCGAAAAAGUUCUCUUGAAGAACAAAAAAAGAUAGAUAGAUAGAUUCGUCUCUUCGCACCGAUUCGGAUAGUUCUCACCUGUCUUCGCCUUCAUUUUUGCUAAUUCGAAAAUACGAAUUGAUGUCAAAGAACAAGAAGCAGUUCUAUGAGGUAGUAAAAAUCGGCUCUUGGCAUCGAUUCAGAUACAAAGAAAAUAGCGGCGAACCUCUCACCUUUCUGUGUGCACGUGUAUGUCGGAGGGGGGAUGGGCGCAGUGAGGAUGGCUGUGAGCAUUUACACAACAAGCCAAACGUGUCUUGUGUAUGCGAAUCGAUGUGAAGCGACGAAUCUAUGUAUUUUUGAUCUCGGGGAAAUGUGUCUUGUCUUUAUCAUCAAUUCGUAUUUAAAUAAAGGUUGUAUAAUAUAAAUUCUUAACAGAAAAGAAUAAAAGACAUUGUUCUUAUACUUUCUCACUGAAAUAGUAUGAACUACUCAGAAAAGAGGAUAAGCUAGGACUAAACUCAGCAUGUAGUA